CGGAAAAAGAAAGCGAAACCCUCAGACUCCUCCAUAACCCAUAUGCCCAUCUCCCCAAAUCGCAAUUAUUUUAUAUUAAGAAUAUCUAUAAAUUCAAUUUAAAGUCAUAAUAUUACAAAAAACCCUUUUCUCCUUUUGUAUCUCUCCCUCUCGCUCUAGGGUUUUGCUUCAGUUCGCCUUUGUUUCCUUUUGGUAAUCACGUGUUUAGAAAUAUCAUUGCUGUGGAUACGCAAAUCACAUUUACCCUGUCUUGUGGGAAAAAGGAGGCAAGAGUAAGUUUUUUGGGUUUAUUUGUCAAUGGGGGAUGCGGAACAUACACUUCCACCUUCAAAAAAGAGAGCUGCUGGAAGGGAGAUAUCAAAAGAUAACCCUGGUCUUGAUGAUGAUGAUGAAUCUGUAGAAGAAGAGACUGGAACUUUCAAGAGGGCUAGUGAUGAGGUGUUGGCAAGUAGAAGAAUUUUGAAAGUUCGUCGCAAUCCAACCUCAUCAACCCCCUCAUCCAACCCAUUUGCUGGGAUUCGCUUGGUCCCUCCUACUGAAUCCACAACAGUCCCUGCUGUGGCAACAACUGAAGUAGUCACUACUACUGAAGAAGUUUCUGAGAAGGGGAAAGCUGAUGCUGGUGAAAAGGCAGAGAAGGGUAAAGAUGAGACUGGUCAGCACUUAGAAAGCAAGAUUCAAGAGCCAGCAGCUGAAACUAGUACAAAGGAGGUGGCUGAGGAUAAGGAGAAUAAUAAUGCAGCCAAUGAGGCAACUGGGUCCAAGGUUGAUGAUGAAAAGCCAGCUGAUAAGGUGGAGAAUGAAAAAGCAGCAGGUGGUGAUGAGACAGAGAGUAAAAUUGCAGCGGGUGGUGAAGAGGUGGAGAAUAAAAAUACAGCAGAUGGUGAAGAAACAGAGGAUGUAAAAGCAGUGGGUGGUGGAACGAGUGAGAAUAAAAAAGUUGAAGGUGAUAACACUGAAAACAAAGAGAAGAAGGAUAAUGGUAGUCAAAAUGAAGACCCAAGCACUGAAAGCGCUCAUUUGAGUUCAUUCCAACAGCUUUCAAGUAGCCAAAAUGCUUUCACAGGUCUUGCUGGAACUGGGUUUUCCGCUUCUACAUUCUCAUUUGGAUCUGUUCCUAAGGAUGGAUCUUCACCAGGUACAAUUACUGCUUCUCUGUUCGGGCAGAAAAAUGACCAGUCGUCAUUUGGUUUUGGUCUGUCUAGUAACGGUAGUUCGUCCAUCUUUAACACAACGGGGUCUUCUGUAGUCUCAAAGAAUGAGGGUACUGGUUUUCCAUCCAUGCAAGAGGUUUCAGUUGAGACGGGGGAAGAGAAUGAGAGAGUAGUUUUCUCUGCUGAUUCAGUGUUGUUUGAGUAUUUUAAUGGUUCAUGGAAGGAACGUGGAAAGGGAGAACUCAAGGUGAACGUGUCUACUGCUGGGACAGAAAAAGCUAGACUCCUUAUGAGAGCUAGGGGUAAUUACAGAUUAAUCCUGAACGCUAGUCUUUACCCUGACAUGAAGCUCACGAAUAUGGACAAGCGAGGCAUCACUUUUGCAUGCAUGAAUAGUACUGGUGAAAGUAAGGAUGGUCUUUCUACAUUUGCAUUGAAAUUCAAGGAUGCUUCCGUAGUAGAAGAGUUUCGCGCUGCCAUUACAGCACAUAAAGAUAAAACGAAUACAGUUCUGAAGACUCCAGAGAAUUCACCCAAGGCUUCGGAUGAGUGAAAGGUGCGCUAUAUGGAUAAAGAAUUCUCAUCCCUGGUUGCUGUCAACAGAAGAAUUUUCUUCUAGAGUCAUGCUUGAGCCCUAUGUAGCAGAGUCUUGAAGAAGUCCGGUUGCUAUUUUGUUUAUUGAACUUGAGUCUAGUUCUCAAGAGAAUGUUAUUACUUUAUUUUGAGUAAAUUCCGGGGUCAAUGUUGCAUAUUUUGCAGCUCAAGUGACGUUGAGAAUGUUUGACAAUUUUAUAGUUGCUCCCUCUAAUAAGGGAUAAUACUAUAUAAUAUCAAAUUGCAUAUGUUGCGUGUUGGUAUUA